AGGAGGAGGAGGAGGAGGAGGAGAAGAGCUAGAGGACGGGGUGAGGUCAUGGAUGUUAGGAAAGUAGUAUUAGAAGAGAACACAGCCUCAGUUUAGCAGAAGAGCCGGUGGAGGAAGGACGCGGAGUGAGGUGCUGUCAUCGGCUAGUGAGAUUAUAAGGUGCCCGGACAGGUAACGAGGCGCCUUUAGCUCACGACGCGCGGCAGGUGAGGCGCCAGCAGUCACCGGGUGGAAAGGCACUCGAGGACUGACCAGUCGGCGAGGGAGGGGGUGGGGGCGGCGAUGGGGGGGGAGUGAAUCGACGGCGGCAGUGGUGGUGGUGGUGAUGGUGGUGAUGAUGAUGAUGAUGAUGCUACCUGGUUGUCUCGCUAUGCAUCCUCCGCAGGAGGGGGUGGAGGGGGAGGAGAGCGAGGGACAGGACCAGACCCGGAUGGAGUACUCGAGCGCAAGGGUGGAGGUGAGUCUGAAGGGUGACCACGCCCACUCCGACUCCUACGGUCACGCCCACACCCGGGAUGAGGCGGAUAAGAGUCUGCUGAAGGUGACCAUGAAUAGAAGGCUCUUCAAGUUCACCCUCACGCCGUCCUCCUGGCUGGUGUCACCCCGCGCUACCCUGAGUCGCGUGGGUUACUUCAGUCAGCGGGAGUACCAACACAUGCCCUUGGCGCCCCGACCCUGCCUCUAUCAGGCCAAACCAGACCCCGACAGCGAAGACGGACCAAGCGGAACUGUGUCUUUGUGUCAUAAAGAUGGGCCGCGAGUGCUUCUGAUGAUCGAGAAGGAGAUGGCUGAGCUCCUUCCUCGCCCGAAGUUGUCGCCGAUGUCCCCGCCAGCCGAAAAGCGAAGCGAGAGAGGCUACACACACGUGGUAAAGCGACACCCCCUGCCCGGCGUGCUGGACCAAGACUGUCUGAGUUAUGACAGCUGCGCCCGCUCUCCCUUCCCUCUACCCGACGACGUGCCCGACAUUAGCCAAGUCAUGAUCGACCCAACCAUUGAGGAUGUAAAGCGAAACGGUGUAGGCGGCGGCGGCGCUAAAGACUCCCCCUUGACAGUCGAACUCGGCCUCUUCCUCGACCAAGCGCUCCUGGACACCUUCACCGGCUUCCUGGCCCCCGAGCAGGAACUUAUCGACCUCGUCCUCGGCCUCGUCAACAAUGUACAAGCCCUCUACAGCCAUCCAACACUAGGCAGACAGGUGGACUUCACAAUCACGCACAUGAGACUCCUGACGAAGCAACCCGCGGACCUGCCGACCCACAAAGGGAACCGCGUGGGGCUUCUCAAGUCCUUCUGCGCCUACAACCAGAAGAACAACGACCCCGAUGACGCAAGCCCGAACCAUUGGGAUAUCGGGGUCUACUUGUCGGGGCUCAACUUUUACGUGAAGAGCGCCAACGGGGGGGAGGAGGGCGUCACCAUGGGCCUGGCGUACACGGGCGGGGUGUGUGAGGCCGCCCUGUCCUGUGUGAUCAACGAGCUGGGCGCCGUCAACUACAGGGGCCAUCCAUACCCCUCAGCCGGCGCCCUGAGCUCCUAUGUCCUGGCUCACGAACUUGGCCAUAGCUUGGGUCUUCGCCACGACGGGGUAAGCAACGCGUGCAACACCAGCGGCUUCAUCAUGGCAGCGGGGCGAGGGCUGAGGGGCGCCACUACCUGGUCCUCGUGCGCUAAAGACAUGAUCCUGCAGCAACAGAAACCAUGUCUGAAGGAGGGCGGGGCAGCAGCAGCAGCAGGCGGGGCCGGCGGGGCGGCUGGGGGGCAGUGGGACCAUACCAAGUUCCAAGGUCUCCCGGGGCAACGCUGGGACGCGACCGCCCAGUGCAGACUGUUCUUGCAGGACGAGGACGCGGGGCUGCCGGACAGUACCAAGAUAAAUGAGGUCUGCAACAGCGUGAUCUGCGUCUCCCCUCACCGUAUCUCCACGUACUUGGCGGGCCCGGCGCUGGAGGGGACCUACUGCGGGGGAGAGAAGUGGUGCCGCGGCGGGGAGUGCGUGCCCUGGGGGACGGAGGGGCCGAAGGAGGUCGUGGCGGGCGGCUUGGGGCCCUGGCAGCACGGGGAGUGUAUGUCGGGCUGCGUGGACGGAGGGACAGGUUACAAGGUGUCCCGGAGGCUGUGCAACUCCCCCGCGCCAGUCAACUCCAUGGCAGGCUGUUUGGGCACCGAGACCCAGCGAGACUUCUGCCCGGACGAUAAGGUGUGCGGCGUGACCCCGAGGAAGAGCGUGAACCAGCUGGCGAGUGAGUUAUGCCAAGUGGUCUCCAAACACAAGCCCGCGAUAGAGGGCGUGGGGCGGCAGCUGUCCUAUAGUGCUGAUACCCCGUGGCAGGCAUGCGCUCUCUACUGCCAAAAGAAGAACUCGACAAGCUUCUGGACGCCCCGCUACGAGUUCAAGGACAUGCCGCACAUCUCCACGCACCUGCCCGACGGAACACCUUGCCACACCGGGGGAUAUGUGUGUAAAGAGCGCAACUGUGUGCCCCAGGCAAGCAGGGCCCGGAGCGCGUCAGUCAUCCCCAAGGACACACUCUUGGAAGACGAGCUGUCCGCCGACUACCAACCCAUAGACGUGGACGACCUCUUCAACUAAGCCUGACCUUCUAAUUUCUAUCCCCUAAACCUCACCUUUUCCUAAUUUCUAUCCCCUAACCUUCACCUUCUUCUCCUAAUUUCUGUUCCUUAAACCUCACCUUUUCCUAAUUUCUAUCCCCUAACCCUCACCUUCUUCUCCUAAUUUCUGUUCCUUAAACCUCACCUUCUCCUAAUUUCUAUCCCCUAAACCUCACCUUCUUCUCCUAAUUUCUAUCCCCUAAACCUCACCUCCUUCUCCUAACUUCUAUCUCCUAACCCUCACCU